CCAUCAUGGAAUGCUUCACCACCAACGACCGAGCCUUUGUUUCGCGCCCGAAGUCUGCCGCCGUGAAGUACAUGGGGUACGAUGGUGCCAUUUCGGCGCUCGGUCCCCACGGACCCUACUGGCGCGAGCUUCGUAAGGUGAUGACUCUCGAGCUCCUGUCGAACGGUCGCCUAGAGCUUAUGAAGAACAUGCGGGCCUCGGAGGUGGGCUUGUGCAUCAAUGACUUGUACUCACUGUAUGACAAGCGAUUGAACGGUGUUUCUGAAAGACUAGAUAAUUGUCAUGAACCUGGUGCUACAAAGGUAGACAUGACUCAAUGGUUUGGGCUAGUAACUAUGAACCUAAUGCUCCGCGCAAUUGCAGGCAAGCGAUUUGCCUUGGGUGAGGAUGAGAAAGAUGGGGAGGUUAGGCUUUUCACCAGAGCCAUGCACCAGUUUAUGUUUCUAAUUGGAGCUUUCGAGUAUUCUGAUGUCAUACCUUUCAUUGAGUGGAUGGAUUUGCAAGGACAUGUGAAGUUGAUGAAGCAAAUUGCCAAACUGAUGGACUAUUUCAUGAGCAGAUGGCUUGAAGAACAUGUCCAGAGCAGGAAAAAUGCCCCCGUAAAAGAGGAACGCGACUUCAUGGAUGUGUUGUUGUCCUUAUUUCCAGAAGGUGGUGUGGAAUAUGGUCACAACUGUAGGAACAUCGUCAAGGGAACUGCCCUGAGUAUGAUUCUGGCGGGCUCUGAUACCACAACAGCUGCCAUGAUAUGGGCACUCUCCCUCCUCCUAAACCACAACAAAUGCCUCAAACUUGUCCAACAAGAACUAGACAUGCACGUUGGCAGGGAAAGGUGGGUGGAAGAAUCUGAUAUCAAAGACCUAAUCUAUCUCCAAGCCGUCUUGAAAGAAACAUUGCGACUCUACCCUUCGGGCCCUUUGUCGAUCCCCCGCGAAUCAAUAGAAGAUUGUCACGUGGCUGGGUACUUUGUUCCUAAAGGGACUCGCUUGAUAGUGAACGUAUGGAAGUUGCAUCGCGAUCCUCGUGUUUGGACCCAUCCUUGUGAGUUUCAGCCUGAGAGGUUUCUUGACAGGAAUGCAAAAGCUGGUGAAAGAGGGCGCGAAUUCGAGUUCGAGUAUUUACCGUUCGGUUCGGGGAGGAGAUCGUGCCCAGGAGUUAGGGCAGCACAUCUGAUGAUGCACUUGACGCUUGCUCGUUUGCUUCAGGGAUUCGACGUCGCGGCUCCGAUGGAUGGAAUGGUGGACAUGAGUGAGGGGUCGGGGCUAGUCCUGCCCAAAGCAACUACGCUUGAGGUCGUGGUUUCCCCACGCCUUAAACGAGAGCUUUAUCUGCAGCAGAGCAGACACUAGUAUGUGAAGUGAUAAAAGAUGAUAACAAAAGGGGUGUCAAUAACGUGGAAAAUAAUGUGAUUAUGGGAGAGGUCUUGUUUGAAAGUGAAGUGUUGAGGUGAGAUUUAUAUAGGUAAGAGGUGGAUGUAGCAUGUGUGUCUUGAUUGUGCUAUUAUGAAGCUAUAAAUGGGUGUUUUGUGAA